GUUUCAGUUACGGUUGAGCGCUGUGAAAGACAGUCGGCGCAUUCGCUCGCUGUCCGCUCUCUCAACGUGUGAGUGUGUGUGUGUGUUUGUGUGUGCGUUACAACUAGGGGUUAAAAAUCCAGAGACUGAAACAAUAAAAUUACUAAACGAUCGCUUACACGCACAGCACGCUAGAGUGAGAGUGAGAGCGAGCACAGGCAAGUGCGCGAGUGAGCGAAAUAGCAAGCGAGAGAGAGGCAGAGGCAGAGGCGGCAGACAGAAGGCAGCAGGCAGAGGACGACAGUCAGUCAGUUGGCAUCGCGAGGACUUUGAGCCUGUUAACAGAAAACAUUUGAAUUUAAAUGCGAAUCGUUGAUCAAACGGUGCAGACGUCUCGGUCGCAGCCACCUGAGCAACUUUACCGUUACUUGCCACGUUGUCGUUAGCUCGUCAAAUUGCAAACUGCAAACAGCAAAUAGCGAAUAGCAAAGUGAACAAAAAUUCUAAAAACAAAACCUAAACAAUUGUGCAUUUAUUUCAAAUUUAAAUUGCGCGCAUAUAUAAAGUGAACAGUUUUUGUGUGUAAAUCAAAUUUCGCAGUGUUUGUUUCGUGUGUGUUUUUGCGCCAUGUCUUCCUCUGAGGCUGAAGUCGAUAUCAGUGUGGUCUCGAGUCCCGAGCCAAGUCCGUUGGGUGCCGCCGGCAUGAGCAAUGGCCGCGAGACGCCAUCGGCGCGCUCCAUUGACGGCAGCUCGCCACCGGCAACGCCAACGCAUCGCUCCACGCCCAACACUGCCGCCGGCACGCCCACAUCAUCCACAUCGACGUUGGCCGCGGCGCCGCCGCACUACAGCCACAACCAUCAUCACAGCCCCAACGGCGCGGGCUCGGUGCCGCCGGCGGUGCUGCAUCAUCAUCUGCAACAUCAUCUCAGUUCGCUCAGCGGUCAUCCGGUCGCCUUGCAUCAUGCUCUCCACAGUUUCGGCCAUUUGCACCCGGCACAUGGAGCACCGCAUCCGGCGCUGCUGCAACAUGCUGUGGCACCCACAGCGCAUCUCAGCGAACGCCUUGGAUCGCCGCCACACUUGGCAUCCAAAUCACCGGACUUGGAGCGCAAUGGCAGCAACGCCGGCGAUGAGCACAGCAGCCUGAACAACAACAACAACAGCAAGACGCUGAAUCACAACAGCACAUGUGCCUCGGCAGCAGCAGCGGCCGCGGUGGCAGCAGCCGCAGCUUCAGUGGGAGCCAAUAGCAAUGAUAGCACUGCGAGCAGCAAUGGCAACAAGGCCACAACGGGCUUCACUAGCUUCUCCAUCUCCAGCAUUCUCAGUCGCAGUGAGCCGGCGAAAAAGAAUGGCGCCACAGCGCUGAUUACGCCCAUUCCUCAGCUGCCGCAGCCCGGAGUAGGCGUGGGCGCUGGCGGGCCACAGGAUGCGGCCAUGCUCUCAAGAUUGGGUUUCAUCUCACAGUGGGGCGCUCUCGCUGGACGUUAUGCGGCUCUCUGUCCACCUGGCUGGCCCUGGGCACCGCAGCGUAUGCCCUUCCAUAGUCCCACACAUGACAGUUCCUCGACAAACACCACAGAAAAUCCACCAUCGCCCACCUCGCUGAGUCCCAGCGGUGGCAGCAACAACAACAACAACAGCAGCAGCAGCAGCAACAACAACAACAACAGCAGCACUGCCAAUGCCAACAGCAGCAGCAGCAUUUCGGGCAAUGGCCACGCCAACAAGUCACCACCACAUCAUCCGCUCUAUCAGCAACAACAGCAGCAUCAACAGCAACAGCAUCCACUUGCUGGCCAACAGCAUCCACAACAGCAUCCACAUCAGCCCAGCACGCCCACGAGCAGCGCCGGCGGACUCUCAGCGCAUCAUGGCCAUCAUUUGGGCAGUUCGCAUCCGAGUGCCGCUUACAUGCUGCCCACCAGCAGCAAUGAAUCGGACGAUGAGGGCGAGGAGAUCAUCGAGGAGGACGAUGGCACCGAUGGCCCCUCGGACAGCUCGUCGCCGCACGGCGAUGGCAGCAAUUCCAAGCGCAAGAAGAAGACGCGCACCGUCUUCUCGCGUGCUCAGGUCUUUCAGCUGGAAUCCACCUUCGAUCUGAAGCGUUAUCUCAGCUCAUCGGAGCGUGCUGGCCUUGCGGCUUCGCUGCGUCUCACCGAGACCCAGGUGAAGAUCUGGUUUCAGAAUCGUCGCAACAAAUGGAAGCGUCAGCUGGCCGCUGAACUAGAGGCAGCCAACAUGGCGAACAUGGCGCAUGCUGCACAGCGUUUGGUGCGUGUUCCGGUGUUGUAUCACGAUGGCACCACCGCUGGCUUUGUGCCACCACCGCCACCGCAUCACCAUCCGAUGCAGUACUAUGCGGCGGCAGCGGCACGCAACACCAGUCCACCACGACCGCCGCUGUCGUCGCUGGUAUAGAACGUGGGCUGUUUGGCGGCGCCGAUGACGCUGCUGAAGCCGCCACCGCCCAACGCAAUGAUGGCUGCGUUGCCCUCGCGAAUUCCCCCUGCGCUGCAGUUGCCGCGACACGGCCCCUCCUCCAUGGACAUGGAUGACUCGGAUGGCGAGCUGGAGCAGGAGCAUCAGGUGUGCCACGACGAUGACGAUGCGGCCAUCGAUGUGGAGGCGGACGAGGAGCCCGAACUUGUGCGUCAAAUCCCGCCCUCCAAUGAGCGUGUCAACUCGAGGCCACCAACGGCUCCGCCACCAACGUUGCCAACGUUGCCAACGCCCAACGAUGUUAAGGGCAGCAAUCAUUGUGUGGAAGCUGCUGUCAGUCCAGCUGCUGCUGCUCUGGAUAAAUCGAUAAGCCACAAGGCAACGCACAGCUAUUGAGCAGCCCCCUUCCCUCCCCCUGUGCGGCAAGCUCUGUCCCAGUUGCAUUGUAAAUUUCUAUUGAAAAGUUUUGCCAAAGGAUCAGCGGCUAAGUGCACAUCAAUUGGUUUCAAUGCUAAACACACACACAAAGGCCAAAUAUCGAGGAUGGCUCCUCCUCCAUCCUCUCCCCUCUCGUACUCGUAAAUCUACUAUCUAUAUAUAUGUUAUACUAUAUAUAGAAAUCGAUAAAAAGCUGUAAAGUUUUUGAAUAGUUUGUUCCUAAAGCUUUUGUAUAUACUUACUAAGUAGUAUGUGCUCGCUUACCUUAAUCUGCGAGUCUUUCUCUCUCUCUCUCUCAAUCUUUUUCUCUUCUAUCCAGCUUAGCAUUUCCAGGAAAUGUAGGAAGUACGACUUUCCUUCCUCUUUUCUCCCCUCCUCUACUCUGCCACUCAUUGUAAAUGCCUCCUGCUCAAUAAUUUUUAAGCCAUAUUCCUUAACUGUUUUUGCGUUUUUUUUUGUUUUCUAAAAAUGAAACUUGUAAAUAAUUGCGUGUUUGCAGCUUAAUUAUUUUUAUGAAGAACUAAGUUUCGCUUUAACUUUCGAUUGCUGGUCAAGUGUAGGUUAAUUCCAUAUGCAUAAAAGAAAAAAAAAAAAAAGAAAUAUACAUUUAUAGUACUUGUAUUAUAAUCGUAAUUACUUAUAGUUAUCGGUUGGUUUCCAUAAGCAAGCAAUUAAAGAAUAAACAACUUAUAUAAAACUACACUCUUGUAUGUACUAUAUUGUCUAAUUGUACGCUGUAAAAGUCGAAUGUUGCCAAUGCGCAUCUAAAUGUACAUACACAUACAUAUACAAACACACACACACAUAUGCGUGUGUGUGUGAAGCAAUUACCAAAUAACUAGUUAAAUUAUUACUUCAAUGUACUAAACACAACACAAACUAAGUGAGAACAAAGAAAAGGAAAUGAAUUGAAAAAAAUCAGUAAAAAAUAUUAAAAAUGCUUAUAUAAAAAUAAAAUUAUCAAUAAAA